AAUGACUUAAAUUGAUAUGCACAGCCACCAAUUCCAGCUUUUCAGGGGAAAUCAUCUUAUAAUGGUCGAAGUUUGGAUCUUAUUGAAUCCUAUUGGUUGACAACGUUUUAGUACUGGUAAUCUGUCGAUAGUACAGUUUCUCGAUGCUUGGAUUCCGCAAUGACACGAGCGACCCUUAAGUGAACCCAUGUCUCCUUUGUCCCCUCCCCAGAUCAGUUUCUCUCUUUUCUAGAAUAAUAAAUUACCUCCCUGGCUUGGCUCAUGGGUAGAAGAGUAACCUUGGCCUUAGAUUUCAAUCGAUCCAGAAGUAGGUCCCGUUCAAUAAUGGACCUUUCGCUGACUGGCCCCCAACUUGGAUCUUCAUCUGCAUCUUCAUCUUCUCCUUCGUACUUUGCUGUACUAUAGUAUUAUAUUAUAUGUAGGUAAGUCUUACAAUUGAUUUGUCUCUUCCCUUGUUAUUGUUGUACAAGUGAAUCAUUGUCGCGCCGCAUUGCAUCUUGAUCUUGAUCUUGAUCUUGAAUCAGUUCAAAUAAAACAUCAUUACCUAUUCAACACAUAUUUCCUCCGGGACCUGAUUGUGUUUGUGUGUGGGACCUGAUUUUCAUGCAAUGACAGGCACUACAAAGAAGUCCUCCGGUGAACCCGUCAAAACAAAGCAACAUUCGCGAUCAAGCUCGAGUACAACUACAAAAUCACUUCUUAUAAUUACACCCUCGAGUUCUGAAAGCACUCAAAGUCCCUCGACCUCACCCACUUUUCAUAUACCUGCGCGCGACAGCACCUACACCGAGAACGACCGAGUUGCUACAAUCAGCGAGAAUAUGGAGAAAGCGACUAUCAAUGGUUUGAGCAAUGGCUCGAGUACUGCAAAAAGGAAGACUCCUUUGACUAGGAAACAGUCUUCUCCUAUGAUGCCACCGUUUAUGGUAUCGGCUCCAGGAAAGGUCAUUGUGUUUGGAGAGCACGCCGUCGUGCACGGAAAGCCUGCGAUUGCUGCUGCAAUUUCACUUCGAUCAUAUCUCCUAGUUACAUCCCUCUCAAAAUCGAAGCGCACAAUUUCCCUCCGUUUUCCCGACAUCAAUCUCUCACACACAUGGAAUAUCGAUGACCUGCCGUGGGAUACCUUUUCGCAUCCGUCGAAGAAGAAGCACUAUUAUGAUGAGGUCACAUCUUUAGAUCCAGAAUUGGUUGCAGCGAUGAAGCCACAUCUAGAGAACAUUUCCCCUGAGGAAUCACCCGCCAUACGAAAGAUACACCAGAGCUCUGCCUCGUCAUUUUUAUACAUAUUCUUAUCACUCGGUUCACAAUCAUUUCCGGGCUGUUUAUAUACACUUCGCUCAACAAUUCCAAUUGGUGCAGGUCUUGGUAGUAGUGCCUCGAUAUCUGUCUGUCUUUCGUCCGCACUUUUGUUGCAGAUUCGCACAUUAUCUGGACCACAUCCGGAUCAACCAUCCAAUGAGGCAAGCUUACAACUUGAGAGAAUCAACCGUUGGGCAUUUGUGGGAGAAAUGUGCAUACAUGGAAAUCCAUCUGGGGUCGAUAAUACAGUUUCAACGCAAGGAAAGGCUGUCAUCUAUCAAAAAUUUCCCGAUGGACCUACUGUAAAGCCGUUAAGGAAUUUCCCAGAACUCCCUCUACUGCUUGUAGACACACAGCAAGCAAAAUCUACAGCUCAUGAGGUUGCUAAAGUGGGGUUGUUGAAGCAGAAGCACCCAGCUAUCGUAGAUUCGAUAUUGAAUGCUAUUGAUAUGGUCGGUCAAUCAGCUGCGGCUAUGAUUUCAGAUCCAGAAUAUGAUAGCGAGAAUCUCGAGUGCGUUGAGAGCCUGGGAAAAUUGAUGACAGUUAACCAUGGACUUCUAGUUUCUUUGGGAGUAUCUCACCCUCGCCUGGAACGCAUCCGGGAACUUGUCGACCAUGAAGGAAUUGGCUGGACUAAGCUUACCGGUGCUGGAGGGGGAGGGUGCUCUAUUACACUGCUAAAGCCGGAUACUACACAUGAGAGAAUGGCACGCUUGGAGGAAACAUUGAAGACUGAAGGUUACAAAAAAUUUGAGACUACAUUAGGUUGUGAUGGAGUGGGUGUUUUGUGGCCCGCAGUGAUCAAGAAUGGAGAAGAUGAUGAUUUUGGGGGGGAUGAAAUCGACCAAGAGAAAUUUCUCAACGCUGAAGGUAUAGAAGGAGUUGAGGAAUUGGUUGGAGUUCAUGGACAAAGUGGUGAUAGGGAAGCAUGGAAGUUUUGGAGGGUUGAAGAUUAG